AAUCAUGUUUGCUGUUUCAUAAAUUGUUUUGUGUUUAAUUGCCAGUAACUGGGUCAUAUUGUCACAAAAAGUAAACGUGUACUGUAUCUUUUUCCAUUGCAAUAAUGUUGUGACUGUUCAAUAGGUUUUUUUACAGUUACGUGUCUUUAUGAACUUAGAUAUUUCCUAGUCAGUAAUUUACUAGUAACUUAAUUCAUCUGUUAAAGCAUACCAAAAUAUUAAGCAUUUUGCACAGGCCUACUAAUUCAUCUUACAGUUUUUCUCAGUUGCUUUUGAGCAUUUCUCGAAUCAUCCUCCUUAAAAUUGGCUAAAUGUGUGCAUUGUAAACAAUUCAUACAAACGGCACAAGAUCAUUUAUGUCCUGCAAAACCCUGUAACAUCCUCUUUUUACGUUAUAAACAUGUCAGUCCCAUCAAAAUGGCCGUGUGUCACUGUUCAUAAAGACCGUCAACAUUUUAGCUACCCAAAAUUAUAUGUGUCAGUAUUUUGAUGUAAACUGUGGACCAAUUCACAUUUUACCUUUUUUUCUGUAAACAAAUGUCACAUUUUCUGUAACUCAAUUUUUCAAGAUUCACUUGACAGCAAUUUAUCAGUUCAGUUCACAUUUACAAAAGACUAAAAAACCUAUAGACAGCAUGCCUACAGUAACAGAUUAUGACACAAAGGUCAGCAAUUUUGCAUGACAUGUCUUGUACGAUUAACUAAUUCCUAAAUGUUUUGAGGUGACUAUUCAACAGAAACCAGUAUAAUGUAUUUUGACAAAAAUGACACAAGCAAUUGAAAAUGUAGGAAACAAUUGUACAUAGGCCUAAUCAUCUGCAUGAUUGUACCAAAGCAUUUGAAAUUUGUCAAAAACAAUGAGAAUUUGAUGUUGUGGCUUGAAAACUGACUUCUUGAUGUGGAGGUUGAACUGUUCUGAAAAAUUAAUUUCUGAUGUGAUAAAUGCGGUGUUGCACAAACCGAUCGGCGUAUCGCGAGAGCGAGUCGAAAACCACAGCAUUUGAAACGUUCUCGCGGUACUUCGAAGUCACGCGACGAUCGGUUUUCAGAUCGAACACACCAAAUACCUGACGGUCCAAUGAUGAAACCGGAGCUCGCAUUCACACCCCACCCAGAAGGAGGAACCAGCACCUGUUUAAAUGAGGGUUAAAUUGAAUGAAAGCGUUUGGUGAAUUUUUCUGUGUGUGUAUCAAACCCGCGACAUUGAUUGAACGUUUGUGUUUUUUUAGUAAUCACAAACUAUGGGCGCUCCUCUUGUGUUGUGGAUAGUUGGAUUUUUUGUAUUUUUUAGCCUUUGUGUUGACUGUGCAGUGAGCAGCGACAGAAGUUUAGAGGACAAGGGCCGCGUGGAGUUACUCAGAGCGCGUGAUCUGGCGGCGCAGCCCCGCUAUGGAGCGUGUUGGACUCGCGCACUGGAGAAGAUAGAGUCAAACUGCAAAGAGUUCAGUGAUGAUAUGCAGAGCAAGAUUGCGCUGUCAUUCACGCACUGCCACCUGCAAAGGUCAGGUCGGGUUUUUCCAGAUUGUCCUGAAGACAGUGAUGUCAAAACUUGCACGCAAGACAUGGACCCUGUGGCUUUUAACACCUACACCGAGUUUUUCACUCAUGCACACAGUAUAUGUCACUAUCUGCAGAGUGAACGCUGGCAACAAAGAGCGGAAAAUACCAUUCACAGGCUGACUGAGAGUUCGGCUGGUGUGGCAGAGCAGUUGACAUCCACUCAGCGAAUGGCAGAAGAUCUGGUUUUAGCCCAAAGCGCUGCCCUCAAGUCCCAAGAGACCAUCCUACGCAAUGGAGAAGAACUGAAAAGCACGCUGCAAGACUCAACUCAAGGCCUGAGAGAUGUUUUUGCUGAGAUGAGGCAUUCUGCACAGGAGCAGCAGGUGGCUUUUGCUGAGAUCUUUAACCGUGUAGCUUUUCUCCAGAGCUUCAUCAUGUCCGAGACGCACACAUUCAGUUGCCUUUUCUACAACGCUGUGGGCAUCGUCGCGUCUUUUUUUCUGACCUCUGUGCAGCGUACGGCUGGGGCCAGAUUUUUUCUUUUUGGACUCGUGGCUUUGAAUAUAUAUCUAGAAAGGAUGAUCUGUAGGAUGAUUUUGGAAAAUGAGGAGGAAGGUUAUCAACAGAUGGAGAGAAUGACCUUUUUAGUCUCUAUUUUAAGAAGAACCAUGGUUUUAACCGGUUGUCUCAUCCUGUUGUAUUUCGCUCUGCGUUAUCGAAACAUCACCAAGGAAAGUCUUGAGAUUCUGCAAGAGCUUAAAGAGACGCGCUCAGACCUUCAGCAGGCUCUCCUGAAAGCAGAAUGUCUCUCGGCAUCUGUGGAUAAUUGGAAGCGGUCCAGACGAAAACACUGGGAGAGCAAGAGCGAAGAUAAAGAUGGCAGUUUAGUUAUUUUACAUCCCUCUAGCGUUGUGAAUUCUGCCCUGUCGACGUUCUCUGGCCCUCAUGACACCCAGCAUUGUGAGAGCUUUGCUCCAUCGCUGGGGACAAAGAGGACUCCAGAGAUUCAGAAACGCAGACGACGCACCUCAGGCUCUCGUGUGCGCCCAUCCGCCGCUGUGGUGUACAGUGUGCUUGUAGAUGAUGAUCAGCCGAGGUACAGCCUGAGAAGUCGGAGAUCCUUGUGUGGUCCAGAGGUUAGUGAAAUUAAACCCUGAAACCAAAUAUCUCCAUCCAGAGAUGCCAAGAGAAAUCCAAAACUCGCUUUCCUCGAAACGAACUCUAAACGAUCUCAUCAUUUUAAAACCUUAAGCAUUUUAAUGUACAUUUUUUUUUGUUUUUGUUUUUACAAAUAUAAUAAAUAAAUCCCAGUGUAACACCUUUCAGCAGUAUGAAGCAUUCAAUUCAGCUGAUUGUUUAACCAAAGUGGCCUUCGGUACAAAUGUGGGCUAGAUGAAAUAUUUCAUUUGAUUCUCUCAAAGCAAGACUGACAUCUAAUGGGCAAACUGUGUAGUUUUUUUCACCGGUUACAGAAAAACUCAAACCAGCUUCAGUUUCAGGGAGUCAAAUACAUAAUAUUGUAAAUUUUAUUAAUAGGAUAAACCCCUUGAGAUGUAGCAUCUCGUUUUCGAUUUAAAUCUAUGAAAUCAAUAAUUUCCUUUAGGAAAAUUUAUGUCA